AUGGAGUAUCCAAACUUGGGUAAACACUGCCAGGAAUCAACAUGCAACCAACUUGAUUUUCUCCCAAUUAAAUGCCAGUUUUGCAGCGCCAAUUUUUGUAAAGAUCAUUUUUUGCCCCAACAUCACCAAUGCCCUGGAGAUUACAGCAAAAUCAAGCUACAGGUGUCGGAUAAUGUUAACUACAGGUACCCUUGCCAGCAUUCUGGCUGCACAAGUGGAGAACUUGCACCAGUAAUCUGCUCUGGUUGUUCCAAUAAUUUUUGUCUUUCGCAUAGACAUCAGAUCGAUCAUGGAUGUACAGCUUACAAACCUCCAGAAAACGCAAUGGCCGAGGCAGAUGUUAAAAUGAAGAAAAUUACAGAGCGUCUGGACUCCACACCUGCUAAGAAAGGACAAGGCAGGAAGUCUGAUAAGCUAUCAGCCAAGGUACAGUUAAUGAAAUUGAAGCAAAAGUCAUGUGGUGAUCAGGGUUUGCCACAGGAGGAGCGAGUUUACCUUAUGGUUCUUUUGCCAAAAAGUUAUAGUGCUACAGGACAACCAGUAUUCGUUUCCCAUCAUUGGACAGUUGGCAAAGCCAUUGACGCAACAGCUAAUAUUACGAAGGUGGCAAAUCACAAUAAUAUCCUGGGUGCAGAUAAACUGAUGCUUUUCCAUGCAAGUGAUGGCUCUAAACUUGGUCCCAUGGAUCAGACACUGAAAUCACUUCUAGAUGAUCAGCAAAUUUAUAAUGGACAAACUGUUAUACUGGAAUACUUGCAACAAGACAAAGAUUGCUUAUGUACUUUCAAGAAUUACAAAGUAUAAAACUUU